ACUAUUAAUAAAGAGCCACUCUCUGCCUAUUACGGGACGCUUCUCCACCCUCCACGACAAACCAUCCAUGUGUUAGGUCCUCUUUUGUAGCUUCUAAGAUUUGCUAUGAACAGUUAUUUUACAUCCCAUUCAAAAUACACACACAUACCCCUUUUUUUAAACCCUGAGAUGUAGCAAAGCCUGUGAGAUGCUUGCGUAAGGCUGGGUCAUUCCCAGGGUUCUACCAGACUAUCCUCUGCCCUAACACUUUCUGAGUGCCUGCAGCACUGUUUCCUCAUGGCAUUUGCCCCUUUUCUAAAAACUUGCACCUCCCAUAAGGACAGGGAAAAAAUGAGGGUAUUUUUCAGCCCAAGAUUACUCAGUCUGUGCCUGAUUGCUACUGUGCUGCACAACCAGACCCGUUCAGAGCUCUUCCGCCUGCCGAAACCACACUCAAGCAAAGGUCAGUGGGAACCAGGACAGUCCCUGUGAGGGGCAAGGGGAAAUAUGGCCCACAGAGCAUCAGAAUUUUCUUUUAAAUGCCCCCUCACCACGGAUAGGUUGAGGCCGCAAGCACAGCUUCAGGCCACUGUCUUGGCCUUGCACUGUCAGGUGCCUCCUGUCCCCGUAGAGUAACUGAGGCUUCCCGAUGGAAUGCUGGUGGAAGGGCUUAGUCAAAAGGAAGCUGGGGUGGGCUGGGGAUGUCCUCUCCGGUCAUGAUCUCUUAUCGAGCCCUGCCCUGGGCUCCACACACACUGGAUCCUGCUUAGGAUUCUCUCUUACUCCUUGCAUCACUCUCAAAAAAAAACCCCAAAAAAUGGUGGGCCAGGAAUAUCCGGGAACAUGUUGGUGAUGCGAGAGUCCGUGUCAAGGAAGGCCUUGGUCACAAAUUCUCAAGUGGAGCCUUCAGUCCCGUCAUAAGGCCGGUUCCAGAGCGGGUGCUGGAUUCUGGCUAUCUUGACGACUUUGAGGAGGCAAGGAGCACAAGCUUUGAAAGUAGGUGUCUGGCCCGGGGUUCUCGUCUGUGAGACACACAGAAUUGCAUCAGGUCCCUUCCAAUCCCUGAGAAGAGUGCCGUCCGGGUUUUACUGAGAAGGGAAGUGGACCCAGAGACCCAGAAGGCAAUGACCUUCGGGACUGGAACAAGCCCGGGUUGGGCUCUGACCCGCGUCCCUGCAGCCCGCCCACAGGCCUGGUGGAGGACGCGCUCCACCUGCAGAGGCGGGGUCCCAGAGGCCUCACCUGGGGCUGUUGGGAGUGCUGAGGGGUCCCAGGUGGGACGCGGGGCGGGGCGGGGCGAGGGCUAAAGGGAGGGGUGGCCGCUCGGAGGAGAGGCCCACCGUGGCGCCUUGGCCAACGCCAUGAACGCCAGCGGCCCUGGCUACCCGCUCGCCUCACUCUACGUGGGCGACCUGCACCCCGACGUGACCGAAGCCAUGCUGUACGAGAAGUUCUCGCCUGCCGGCCCCAUCCUGUCCAUCCGCGUGUGCCGCGACGUGGCCACCCGCCGCUCGCUGGGCUAUGCCUACAUCAACUUCCAGCAGCCGGCCGACGCGGAGCGGGCACUGGACACAAUGAACUUUGAAGUGAUCAAAGGCCAGCCCGUCCGCAUCAUGUGGUCGCAGCGAGACCCCGGACUCCGCAAGUCGGGCGUGGGCAACAUCUUCAUCAAGAACCUGGAGGACUCCAUUGACAACAAAGCCUUAUAUGACACGUUCUCCACCUUUGGGAACAUCCUCUCUUGCAAGGUAGUAUGUGACGAUCACGGCUCCCGAGGCUUUGGCUUUGUCCACUUUGAGACCCAUGAGGCAGCGCAGCAGGCCAUCGCCACCAUGAACGGGAUGCUGCUGAAUGACCGCAAAGUCUUCGUCGGCCACUUCAAGUCCCGACGGGAGCGGGAAGCAGAGCUGGGAGCGCGGGCCAUGGAGUUCACCAACAUUUAUGUGAAGAACCUCCAUGUGGAUCUGGAUGAGCAGGGCCUGCAAGACCUCUUCUCCCAGUUUGGGAAGCUGCUGAGUGUGAAGGUGAUGAAGGAUGAGAGCGGCCACUCCCGAGGCUUCGGUUUCGUCAACUUUGAGAAGCAUGAGGAAGCCCAGAAGGCAGUGAUGGACAUGAAUGGGAAGGAGGUGAGCGGGCGGCUGCUGUACGUGGGCCGGGCCCAGAAGCGGCUGGAACGGCAGAAUGAGCUGAAGCGUCGGUUUGAGCAGAUGAAGCAGGACCGGCUGACCCGUUACCAGGGCGUGAAUCUGUACGUUAAAAACCUGGAUGACUCCAUUGAUGAUGAGAAGCUGAGAAAAGAGUUCUCUCCCUAUGGAGUGAUCACCAGUGCUAAGGUGAUGACAGAGGGUGGCCACAGCAAGGGGUUUGGCUUUGUGUGUUUUUCCUCUCCAGAAGAGGCGACCAAGGCCGUGACAGAGAUGAACGGGCGCAUCGUGGGCACCAAGCCGCUGUACGUGGCACUGGCCCAGCGCAAAGAGGAGCGGAAAGCCAUCCUCACCAACCAGUACAUGCAGCGUCUCUCCACCAUGCGGGCCCUGGGUGGCCCCCUCCUGGGCUCCUUCCAGCAGCCCGCCAGCUACUUCCUGCCCGCCAUGCCCCAGCCUCCAACUCAGGCUGCGUACUACGCUUCCGGCGCCCCCAUGCAGCCCUCCCCCAGGUGGACAGCCCAGCCUCCGAGACCGUCCUCCAUCUACCCUCCAGGUGCCUCCGUGGUCCGGCCACCAGCCAUGUUGCGGCGUCCCCCGACCCAGGUCGGCGGUGUCAGGCAGGUCUCUACCCAGGUGCCACCCCUGGUGCCCCACGCCCAAAGAGUGGCCCACAUUGGUACCCAGACCACAGGAGCCUGCGGGGCGGGAUAUUCUAUGCCAAGUGGGUCUCUCCUGACACACAAAUACUCUGCAGCAACACACAACCCUGGGGUGGAGGAGCCCGCUGUGCGCAUCCCGGGACAGGAGCCCCUGACGGCGUCCAUGCUGGCCGCAGCACCGCUGCACGAGCAAAAGCAGAUGAUUGGUGAGCGUCUGUACCCCCUUAUCUACGAUACCCACACCCAGCUGGCCGGCAAGAUCACGGGCAUGCUACUGGAGAUCGACAACUCAGAGCUGCUGCUCAUGCUGGAGUCCCCAGAGUCCCUCAAUGCCAAGGUGGAAGAGGCUUUGGCAGUGCUGCAGGCACACCAGGCCACAGAGCUGACGACUGUGAAUGUGCUCUGAGACCAGAAAAUGGAAUCCUGCCUCCCCCGGCUGACAAGAGAAUGGCGUUUCCUGCUCUUGGCUCUCUCACUGAACCGUAACUUCUUUCUUCUCCCUGGGGCUGUAUGGGUACUUGAGCUCGGUAUGUGGAAUGAAGGCUGGACACCCCGCCAGCCUAUCACUUUUUGCUUUGUGCAUUAAAAGUGCUGCAAACUCUGUCUUGUCUAGAAUAACGUUACACAAUCCCUCAGUCAGCGGGAGGCCAGCGGCAGUUGGUGCUUCGGGAGGGCGGGGGGAACCUGCACUGCCAGGCACUCAGCCAAGUAUCUGGAAACCUCCAUGGGCGUCAGACGUGGGCACCUGCAGCUUGAAUUCCUUGUCUCGGUGCUGUGUGAGGGCUGCUGCUGGGUGCGUUUUGAGUUGCUUCCAGAUGGUCCUGCUCUGCCCCUGCCCCUUCUCUGGUGUACACACCUUCUCCUCCAGCACUUCGGGUGUCUGCUCCUUUCAGCCAAUCCCAGCCCGGUCAAGCCCCCACGCUUUGCUCUGCCCCACCUCACUCAGGCACAAGGAGGCCUCCUGUGCCCACGUCUGGGCACCUUAUCAUUAUCACAUACCAUUAUUCUAGAAAAAGCCCCCACAGAAUUGCUUUUAGAUACCUUCCCAAGUCCUGAUUUUAUCUUCUGUGUGUCCAUUAGUAAACCAAGGUGCUUGCCUUCUAGACCCUGAGAAGAAAAAGUCAGUCAAUUGUGAGGGGAUGUUACCACUAAACCUGCCUCCCAUCAGUUAAGAGUCUUGCCUGAGAGGUGACAAUAAAAGGGGCACAGCUCCCCGCUCUGGCCCCUUGGCCAUGCGGCAUAUGGGUCUGUGACCCCUAGAAUCUGCUUAGCUCAGAGGGCUGUGGCAGCUCACAGAGCUCCUCCUUCAGAGCUCAGAAGCAGUGUGCUACCAGCUGAAUGGCGCU